CGUUUUUCUUUUUAAAAAAACCCACCAUGCCAACCCCGAUAUACUUCGACCAAUGUCCACCAUUCCCCUCUAACAUCCCCGUCGCAAACAUCCCCAUUCUAUCCUUCAAAGACCUUCAGAACAACAGUACCGUCGAGUCAGAGAAAGUGUUCAAUGCCUGUCAGGAGUUCGGAUUCUUCUUGCUGAAGCUCACCGACUCCGGGGCAGGGGAGCAAUUGCUCCAAGAUGCCGAGAAGAUGAUGGAUCUCACCACCACCACAUUGAGUCUAGAUCGGCAUGUCUUGGAUAAAUACGCAUAUAACCCGCCUCGCGAUCUCCUAGGGUGUUUUUGCCAUCCACCUGACCCCAAAAUCACUGCUAAUGUGUGAAAAAGAUACAAAUGCUCCGGGAAACUCCGCACCGACGACGGCAAACUCGACUGCAUGGAGAUGUACAAUCUAGGCCAGGACGAUAUAGUCGGGAAUAGUGCCCCACGCCAGAAUCCAGACCCCAUUGAAGCACAUCGUUCCGACUGUCGGGAGUUCUUCGAGCAUGCUCAUGCUGCAAUCUCAGUCAUCUGCGCCAACCUUGACCAGCAACUGGGGCUUCCGCUUGACACGUUGAUUCGCCGGAGCUCUAUAGACCAACCAUCUGAGACCUCUUUGCGGUUACUUCUGAGUUGGCCGCAAACGGGAGACGCAGAGGUUGGAGACAAUCGCCAGAUAACUCUGGGUGGACAUACUGAUAUUGGCACUCUGACGUUGCUCUUCCACGUCUCGGGCGGUCUCCAAAUUUUGCCGGCUGACAAGGAUAAUGUGGCUGAAAAUUGGCGGUAUAUUCGUCCAGAGCCUGGGUGUGCGUUGAUCAAUGUGGGUGAUACCCUGGUGGAGUGGACGGGUGGCAUACUGCGUAGCUCUUUGCACCGGGUGGUCACGGCCCCUGGGGAGCAAGCGCGUGUCGCACGACAGAGCCUGGCGUAUCUUGUUCGACCGCGACGGACCGAAACGAUGCACCGGAUUCAGGGAAGUGAUGUGAUCCCACCGCUAGGUGAGGGAGAGGAGGAAGACACGCGGUCUGUGAGUGACUGGGCGGCGUGGAGAGCGCGGCAGGUUAUGAAUGGGGAGUUGAAACCACGGACGACAGGAGGGCGACGGGUAGUUACCCGUGCUUGAGAAUAGCAUCAUACUUUAUGAAGCCGUUUAGCAUGGGGAUGAGUCUGCUAUGUUUUUGUAUACUUCAUACCUCGUACCA